AUGAAAGAAAAUAUAAGUAGUAGUAAUAUAUAUAUAAAUAAAUUGCAUUCAAAAAACUUAAAUGAUGAAAAUAUAGAUGUAAUUAUAAAAAAUGAAAAAAUAAUAAAUGAAAAUUUGACAAAAGAAAAUGAAAAAAUUAAAGAGAAUAACUUAAAAAUACAAAGUAUAUUAUUAAGUUAUAUUGAAGAUAAUAAUUUUAUAUAUGAAAGUGACUCAAUCGAAGAUGAGAAAAAAUAUAAAAAUGUGUUGAUAUCUGUUAUUGAUUAUAUAGAAAAAUUAAAAAUAGUUAAUAAUCAAAUGAAAAAUGAUACUUAUCUUUUGCUUGAAGAAUUUUUUAAUUGUAUUAAAGAAGUAAUAAUUAAACAAAACGAUUUCUGUUAUUUAAUAAAAGAAGAUUUGAACUAUUUUAAAAUAUCUGGAAAGGAAGACAUAUUUAAAAAAAACAUGUUAACAAUGAGAAAAUUAUAUGAACAUAAUAGUAUACUUAGAUCUCAAAUUUCUUUAUUUAACAAGUUUAAGUUAAAAAAUGAAAAUUUAAUUCAUGCAGAUUUUGAACAAUUAGAAUUAAAAUAUAAAAAUUUAAAGAGUAAAGAAAACAAUUUAGAAAAAAAAAUUGAGAAUCUUAAUAAAAAAAUUAGGAAAUCUACAGAAAAAAAAUUACAUUAUGAUGAAAAGGAUUUGUAUUUAGAAAAAUUAUUAAAUGAAAAAAUUACAUUAUUAGAAGAAUCAUAUAAUGCUAUAAAAAAUAAAAAAGAGUUAUUAAAUGAUUUAAAAAAAAAAAAAGAAGAAUCAAUUAAAAAAUAUAAUGAAGCGGAAAUAAAUGUAUUAACAAAAAAUGUAUUUGAAGGAUUUCACGAAAAGAAACAAUAUUUCAAUAAAUUAAAAAUAAUGAUGGAAGAGUUGAAAAAAGAAUAUGAAAAUUUAAGCAAAGGAGAAAGAAAAGAAUAA